UCACACCGAAACAUUUCAAACCCAUUGACAUACAAACAGAUCCUUAUAUUGAAAACCAGCCCUGCUUCAAACCUGAAAGUCAACACGCACGCUCAGACAGAUCUCACAAACUGAUGUUGUGUUAAUCUCUAUACAACCUGACUUUACAUCACAACACCGUCAGAUCGAUUGUAUUUUUGUUAUUUCAGACAUCUGAACUGUUGAAGAAGAUGUUUCUCAUGUUUGUUUUUCUCUUUUUCUGCAUCACUUCUCUGGUUGGUGUGUUUGGUGAUGAAGUGAAGUCAGUAUCAGUGAUGGAGGGAGAUUCUGUUACUCUACACACAAAUAUUCCUGAAAUAAAGAGAGAUGAUGUGAUGGAGUGGAGAUUUGGACGUCAAACGUCUACCAUAGCUAAAAUCAUUAACGGUAUUAAUCAAGUCUCAAUAUAUGCUGAUGUUCUUGAUGGGAGAUUCAGACACAGACUGCAGUUAAAUGAUCAGACUGGAGAUCUCAUCAUCACAAACAUCACAACUCAACACACUGGAGAUUAUAAUGUAACCAUCACCAGCACUACAGAGAUCUCAUACAGAUUCAAUGUUAUUGUUUAUGCUCGUCUGCCCGUUCCUGUCAUCACCACACAAAACUCUUCAAUAUCAGGAACAACAUCAAGCUCAUCAUGUGUGUUAUUGUGUUCAGUGUUGAAUAUGAGAGAUGUGAGAGAUGUGAGUCUGUCCUGGUACAAAGGAAACAGUUUAUUAUCCAGCAUCAGUGUGUCUGAUCUCAACAACAGCAUCUCUCUUCAUCUGAAGUGUCUGAAUGAUUCUUACAACUGUGUGGUGAACAAUCCCAUCAGUAAUCAGACUCAACAUCUCAAUACUGAUCUCUGUCAGACGUGUUCAGAUCUCACCUUAAUUUUGAUCUGUUGUAUUGCUGUUGGAUGUCUGAUGAUUGUAGCUUCAGUUCUGAUCUUCUGGAUCUACAGGAAACACAGAAACACAAAGCAACACGUUCAAAACAGAGAAUCAGAAAUUACUUAUGCAGAUCCAACAUUCUGUAAAAGAGCAGCUGAUAAACCGGGAUCUGAGGAUGAUGUGGUGUAUGCAGGAGUCAAGAGAUGAUAAACAAAUUCUCUGUGAUUCUCAGAUCAACAUUCAGCUGUUUGAUCAUCUUCAGUCUCUGUUAUAACUUCAGAUUCUGACUGUUUGUGAGUUUAAACUUUUUCUUUGUGAAUUAUACUACAUGAAGCGAUCGUUAAAUGUGAGAAUUCUGCUUACUCUCUGAACUUAAGAUCUGUUACUUCUCCAUCACAUUCGCAAACAUAAUACACACCAAUAACAGCCAAAAGCACAACGUCAACAAAAUUUCACCAUGUUUAAAAUAAUGUUAAUAGCAGUUUAAAGAAAGACAGAAGUGUACAACAUCACAAAAAAUGUGAUCAAAAUAUAAAUUAAUAAAUGUGGGUACAACCAAAGUAUUUCUUUUUUAAAACACAAACUGUAUUUUUUAUUUUUGUCACUAUAUGCAUCUGACACAUUAACACGUUCAUUUGGGUUUAAGUGAAAUGUGAAGUGGAAAGAAAUGUGGUUUCGUUGUACUGGUGGACAUGAGAUACGUGUUUGCCUAUUAGUGGUGAAUGUGUAUAUGUGUGACUGUUAGAGGUGUGAACAGUGUGCUUCUGUGAAUACUGUGUGGCUUUUUUUGCUGUCGUGCUAAUUUUGUUUACUCUGCACAAAGCAGCUUUAUUGAAAUAUUGAAUUCACCAAUGCUAAUGUUUAACAAAUAAAUGAUUUAUUUAA